CUGCUGCAUCACGUCUUAUUACAACCCCCUUUUUCAAUCAUGGCGGGUGGUGAGUGCAUGAGGAUCCAGGGACAGCCUCACUUGAGGAAGCAGGAUCUUGACAAUUUGGACGUUAACAAGCUCACACCAUUCACAGAUGAGGUCAUCAGUAGACAGGCUACUAUCAAUAUUGGCACCAUCGGCCAUGUGGCUCAUGGAAAGUCCACUGUUGUUAAGGCUAUAUCUGGUGUUCAGACCGUCAGAUUUAAGAAUGAGUUGGAAAGAAAUAUCACCAUCAAGCUAGGAUACGCUAAUGCCAAGAUCUACAAGUGUGACGAUGAGAAAUGUACUCGUCCAGCCUGCUAUCGAUCCGCUGGCAGCAGCAAAGAAGACGAUUUUCCAUGCGACCGGCUCAACUGCGCUGGCAGGUUCAGACUGCUCAGGCACGUAUCCUUUGUAGAUUGCCCUGGCCACGACAUUUUGAUGGCUACAAUGUUGAACGGUGCAGCAGUUAUGGACGCUGCACUGUUGCUUAUCGCCGGCAAUGAAUCUUGUCCACAGCCACAGACCUCGGAGCACUUGGCUGCCAUUGAGAUCAUGAAGCUGAAGCACAUUCUUAUCCUCCAGAAUAAGAUCGACUUAGUUAAGGAGUCGCAGGCCAAGGAACAGCACCAGCAGAUUCUUAAGUUUGUUCAAGGAACGGUUGCAGAGGGGGCUCCCGUUGUACCAAUCUCCGCACAACUGAAGUACAACAUUGAGGUGAUCUGCGAGUACAUUGUGAAGAAAAUUCCGAUGCCCAUCAGGGAUUUCACCUCUGAGCCUCGCUUGAUUGUGAUCCGUUCAUUUGAUGUGAACAAGCCCGGCUGUGAAGUUGAUGAUCUGAAAGGGGGUGUUGCAGGAGGAUCAAUACUUCGAGGAGUGCUCAAGGUUGGGCAAGAAAUUGAAGUUCGUCCAGGAAUCGUGUCCAAAGACGAAGAGGGGAAAUUGCUUUGCAAGCCCAUCUUCUCUCGUAUCCUGACUUUGUGCACAGAACAGAAUGACCUCAUGUAUGCUGUACCUGGAGGCCUUAUUGGAGUGGGAACGAAGAUUGACCCCACCCUUUCCAGAGCUGAUCGCAUGGUGGGGCAGGUACUGGGAGCGGUUGGAGCUCUGCCAGACAUCUACAUUGAGCUUGAAAUCUCCUAUUUCCUCCUCCGACGUCUUCUUGGUGUCAGAACAGAAGGAGACAAAAAGGGAGCAAAGGUGCAAAAGCUGACAAAGAAUGAGGUACUGAUGGUGAACAUUGGCUCCCUGUCAACGGGGGGACGAGUGCUGGCUGUAAAGGCUGACUUGGCUAAGAUCAGUCUGACCAGUCCUGUGUGCACAGAGAUAGGAGAAAAGAUUGCAUUGAGCAGAAGGGUGGAGAAACACUGGAGGUUGAUUGGUUGGGGGCAAAUCCGAAGAGGAGUGACAGUAAAACCGAUCACGCAACAAGACUGACGUCAUCAGGCAAACCACCAAUGAAGUGCACUGCAGUAAUAAAUAAAAUGACAUGUCUGUUGUUUUGCA